UUAGUUCAUUAGUUGGUAUCAGCUAAUAAUAUGCUGUAAACAUACGCUGGUGUUGCGCCGAAAAGUGUCCCCAGUCUCAAUCUCUGCAGCUGCGCUGGGACCUCAGUUCAGUUCGCUGUAGCAUUAGCUUAACGGUAGCAUUGUUCUCAUUACGACUCUUAAACAACACGGAAGACCUACGAGGACUACAGAAUGACCUACAACUUUAGAGGCCUAUUACACUUUGGGCGCGCGUUGUCAUGGAGAUCCACGUAAACACAACAGCGAGUGGAAAGAGCUACUAACGCGAUGCCACGUGACCGAGAAACUCGGAAAAACUCACGGCUCCUCCUGUUUUUUAAUUCAGGAGUAGAAGUGUGUAAUAUUUUUUUACAGACAUCCCCCUGAUAAACUAAUUUCAUCCGGAAAGGGCUUUUAAUUUAGGCUUUACUGAGCAGAACAAGACCUCAAGCCUUAAUUAGCCCUAAUUUGAAUUAGUUACCAAACUAAAUCCAUUUUUAUUAAUACAUAACUAAAUAAAUGAACAAACAAAUAAAUAAAGCUGUAUGUGCCGUCAGUGCGACAGGCUACAUUGAUUAUUAUGGGGCUUUUCGAACACAAACAGGGCUGAGUAGAGACGGUGUUCUAGAACGUCACUGAAUAGAACGCUGCGGGUGAUGACGUCAUCGUGGCUAUAACAGGCCUGUGUAGAGGCUGAAUCAGCACAGACAUGUCAGCUCCACCUUCGACAUGAAUGUGAUCCCACGCUACAGCGUGAGUAAAGUCGCCCACUUUCUGAAGACCCUGGUGGUCCUGGGGAUUCUUCUGGACGCUGUGGUAAUGGGUGUGGAAACAGACCCCAGACUUAGGAGUUCCUUCUCCUCGUUGCUGGAGGGGCUGGAUAUCUUCUGCAUGGUCCUCUUCUGCGUGGAAUGCACAGCGAGGGUAAUCGUGAAAGCGCACCGAUUCAGUGCACAAAAUAUCUGCAACACUGUCCUGCUGUUGCUGUCAGUCAUAGCCAGGGCAGAUAGCUCAUACUGGCUCUUCAGGAUCUUCCGGGCCCUCCGAAUCCUCAGGGUCGUCUUCUACAUCCCUGGUCUUCAGUACCUGGUGCUCAUUCUGCGUCAAGGUGUGAAGGCAGCUGCGUACGUCAUUAUCAUGCUCUUUUUCAUCUUGUUUGUUUUCGCCAUCGCUGGAGUGGAGUAUUUCAGACACAUAGACCCCGAAAACUGGGGGAACCUGCGUGCAGCAUUGAUCUCCACCUUGAGCGUUUUCACAAUAUCAGGCUGGGUGGAUCAUAACACCAGGCUGACUGGGUUUGGAUCUGUCCACCACCAAGCCUUCUUCUUCAUAGCCAUCAUAAUAGGCAACUUCAUAUUCCUCAACAUGUUCCUGGGUUUGGUCAUGGAAGCAUCCAAACACAUGAAAAUCGAGAAGAAGGAAGAGGCAAAACGCAAGAGAAAGAUAAAAGAGCAGGAGGAAGAAGAACUGCAGCUUCAGACGUCGGCGAAGUAUUUUCACCAGCUGAGACUGAAGUAUGAACAGUGUGAGGAUGAAUUCAUAGAACCCACGGAGCUCUGCACUACUCUGACAUGGAUAGAUUUACAUGAGACCAGCGUAAAGAGGCAGAAAGAGGAAAUGAAGAAGCUGAAGCAGCUCUCUGAUCAAACUCUUCGUAUCCAGCAAGAGCUGCUGGAGAUGGAACUGCAGGAGAAGAGACAUUUGAAGCGCUUCCGUGAAGUACGAGCUGUAGGCGCUGUAGGCUUUACAGCUAUGAAAUUUCUUAAAAGAAAACAACAUAAUUAGACAUGAGACAGCAGUGCAAUGACCUGCAACCGCAUUUCAACCACCUCUGAAAAUUUAGAUCAUAUAGUGUAUAGUGACUCUUUUGUAUUGAUUUGUAAGUUGUCUGACCAGAGGAGGAUGGGUCCCCCCUGAUGAGUCUUGGUUCCUCCCAAGGUUUCUUCCUCCUCCAGCUCUGAGGGAGUUUUUCCUUGCCACUGUCACUCACAGGGGGUUUUAAAAAGUAUUUUUUUACUACUAUUCUUACUAUCAUUAAUGUUCAUAAUAAAAAACAUAUUACUAAUACUACAA